AUGAUGAUGUUUUCUGUUCGACUUCAAAGACUGGCGUUGUAUUCGCUACUGGUUCUUACAGUAAUUUUAAUUUACCAGAUUUAUAGCCAUAGCGAAAAGCUGGUAAAACGGCAAGAAACACGGCCGGAUGAAGCAAUUAGAUUAAACCAUGUGGAACCGUUGGCGAAAAAAGACGAAGUGGCAAGAAGAGAAUCUGAAGAGCGAAUGAAGAAACGGGAGGUCGACAUGGAACGGCCAAGUUUUCUCUUAAAGAAAGAAGUCAAGAGAUUAAAAUCGCACAUGAAUCAAAAGGACGAGCUGAUCCAGCGGUUAACUGCUCAAUUACAAAAAGAGAAAUCACAGGCGGAGAAAUUUAAAAAGGAGGUUGGACACUUAAAGAUUCAAAACGCCGAACUAUUGACUGAAGUGGAAAGCAAAGCUCUGGCAGAAAACAGCGGAAGAAGUGAUCAAAACUCAGAACUCGUGAAAGAUCAAUCAAGCUCGAACAGCAAAUUCCUAGCGAGUGUGCGCGAUAUUCAAGUGUCGGAACGCGUUCCGUUUCAAAGUUUCGCCAAAGCGCACGUUUUUGAGUACGCGUCGCUCGUGAGACCAAAGGAUUACAUUUUUCACGGCGGACAAAAAAAGGGGAGAGUAAAGUCAAGCAAGAAACAUUUCAUAGAAGCUCAGGACAUCGCGAUUAACUUUAUAAACACAAACACGUCCUAUCGUGUAAGUCGCGACAAUGUCGUGGAUGGAGUUUACAGAAUCGACAUUAACGCGGGAAUUGAUUAUGAACUCUACUUCAAAGACUCGAAAUCAAAUAAAUACAUAUCAAUACGUCUCAUUCGUCCGCUGGGACGUCUUCAGCCAGUUGCAAUCCCAAAUGAUAGCAGGAAUCCCAAGGAACUUAUCAACCUGAUUCUGCCAUUGUCUGGCAGACUCGAGAGAUUUCAGCAGUUUAUAGACACAUUCGUGGAGGUGUGCAUAAAACGCGACAAGCAUGUUUUCCUUACGGUAGUGUUGUACGGCGCUUCAGACUUCAAGAAAGUAAAAUCUACUCUAAAAGACCUCGAGGCGACGUACGGUUUUAAAAAAUAUCAACUCAUAAUGCGAGAUAAGCCUUUUUCUCGUGGUAGGGCUUUACACGACGGAGUUCUGUAUUGGAGCAGUAAGCCCAGCAAUGUUUUGUUGUUCUUUUGCGAUGUGGACAUAACCAUCCGGCCUGAAUUUCUCCGGCGGUGUCGCAUGUAUACGGAGCCAAAAAAGAAGGUCUAUUACCCGAUGGUGUUUAGCUUAUAUAAUCCAAAGAAUGUGUACGAAGAUGGUAAUAUUCCCCCUCCUGCAGAACAGUUGAAAAUCGGUAAGUUUGAACCGUUCUCCAAUGUAGCCUUGGCCACACCCAUACUAUAACAACUACAAUUAUGGACAAAAUAAAUAGAAAACCUAGACCUCCCCUCCCCCCAAAUCAAAGAUGGGAAAAUUGCCCGUUUUUGCCCUUCGCGCGGCUGCAUCUUGGAUUUGGGGGGAUAGGGGUUGGCUGUUUCAUUUUUUCUGUCUAAGAUUGUACUCUUUGUAAGGGAAUACAAGACAGUCAUGAAUUCUGGAUUUCAGGUUCUUGAGGGGGGCUUUGGGAUUUUUGGUUUUGGCCUUUUUUUAGGUCAGUUUUUCGGUUUUUGCUCUGAAAACCUUAAGUUUUUCGCAGUUUUUCGCUUUUGUUGUCCUUUGCGGUUUCCGGUUUUUCUGUUUUUUAGCAUCUGGUUUUUCGGUUUUAUGGCAAAAAUAAGGCAGGUUAGAUUCCUCUGUGGGGUACUGUUCAUUCAGAUGUUAAGCUAGUAUAUGUAUAUGUUUCAAUUUCACAGUCAAUCCAGGUCAAACUACAAUGUGGGAUUCUGGAUUUUUGAUCAGAGGUUUACAACUAUAAGAGAGCUUUUAGCGAACGCAAUAUUCAAUCGAGGAUCUUUGUGAAUUCUCCUAGACGAUCCUAGGGCAGAUACGCGGGUUUUCCGACCAUAGCAUCCAUAGAUGGUGCUGAUAAUGUGAUGAUAUUGAUAUCUAGAAUGAUGAUGUGAUAUCGUUUAGUCGACAGAAUUGAAGAACAACUCCCCAAAAAUUCUGUCGGCUGAAUUCUGUCGAUUGUCGUUAAACUGUAGGAGAGCUGUUGGUCGAUGAUAAAAUUUUCAACGUGAGAGUUCAUAUUUAUUGAUCAAGGUAAAAGAGAUAGUUUGAGUAUCAGUUUUCUUUAACAAACCAGAGUUAGCUUUACAGCGGUUACCACUAACACCGCACUAGAAGGGUUCUUUCUGUUUGUCGAAACCUGACCUGAGUUUUCGUGGACGUCAAUCAACUGUUUCCAUGGUUUUCUCACGCGCUUUCACAGAGAAGGUUCCCUCGUCGUAGCCUGCUAUCAUGCCCUCUCCCUUUAUCGCUGUAAUCUGUGCUCUCUUUUCGUUUCGUCUUGCCCGCCGGAAAAUUAUUUACAAACCCAAACGAAAAUUGAGCCUGUAAAUAUGUAAAUUCAUAU